AUGCACACUUCUUCUCUACGCGCUGGGCUACGGCCUUUUUACGGCAAGACGUCGUCCUUGCGGUCUGUCUCAAUUCAGCGAGCCUCAAUCACAUCAACCACACCGCGAUCAGCCAAGAACCAAAUAUAUGCCCCUAUCCGCAACAAUGACUCCUUCUCAACCUACCUUUCACUUUCAACCUCGUCCCGCACACCCCUGUUGACUUUUUGGUCCGCUUCAUGGUGCUCAACCUGCAAAGCUGUCAAUCCCCUCCUUCGCGACCUCGUCGAGUCUGGUGUUGGCGAGGAGGAAGGCGGAGUGUCUCUUGCUACUGUCGAGUUUGAUUCCCCCGAUAUCAUGUCAGGAAAUCCGAACCUGGCCAUGACUUACAUGAUUACCAGCAUCCCCACGCUACUGAGCUUUGACGGCGGGGAAGCUCAGACGGUUACCAAGCUUUCAGAUGCCAGGAAGCUUGCAGAUCGAGAGUUCUUAAAGGAAUGGAUCAGAACCGAAGCGAGACGGCAUGGAGGUCGUGGAGGUGGCGGAGGAGGGUCAUCACUUUUCGGAGGUUUGUUUGGCAAGUCAUGA